CGCCGAAGCGGGUCGGCGCGUCUGCAGAUAUCCUAUAUCGCGCCGGCUUGGACCAUGCUGAAGGCUUUCAAUGUCUAUGUAAGAGCGGAGACGUUAAGCGGACUGAUUCCUUCCAUCAACAUGUUUAUGCCGAGGGUGAUAGUCAAUAGCGCUCCUGUUUGGAGCGUUAUCGAGCUAGGCAAGAUUGCAGAGUUGAAGAAUAUGCUUGCGAAAUGAGAAACGUCACCGUAUGAUGUCUGAGUGCGGGAUGUACCGGUACUCAAGUACGCUGCAAUCAAAGGCCAAACGGAGAUUUACGAUUGUCUGAUCGCGGAAAAAGCUGAUCCGUACUUCCGUGACCAGAGUGGAAUGAUGGCCAUGCAACCGUGUGUCGACCGCGCGCUGAGCGGCUCCGAUCUCGAUCGUAAUGCCAGUGGUACUGGACAGGCCUCGCCCGAGGUUUCGAUGAGCAGCCAGGACCUGGAACAGCAAUGUUUUACUCUUCUCCACCUUACCAUCCUGGAACUGCAGUGUCUCGAUCUUGUAAUGGUACUCAAACACUACCCCAUCGAUAUCGAUGCGCCUGAUGUGAACGGGCGAACAGCACUCUUCUGGGUGGCAUGGCGGGGCGAUUGUAUGAGCGUAAACCUCCUGCUUAAAUACGGCGCCGAUGUCAAUCGUCCUGACAACCAAUCUUGGAAAUCGCUAGCAAAAGCUUCCAAAACUGGCCAUCUUGGUGUCGUCCAGUGCCUCCUCGAGGCCGAGGCUUCUUUGACUCUAAGCACAUCUCAAGGGUUCCAGCCCAUCCAUCUCGCCAGCGAUAAGAAACCAGACGGGGCCAAUAUCGUCAAGGAAUUGCUGAAACGCGGUGCAGAUCCAAAUGCGCGUAGUAGUUCUCAGUGUACGCCGUUACACAAUGCGGCCAAUCGAGGCUCCGUCGAAACAAUCCAAUGUCUCCUUUCU